GUAAAUAUUAUUUUAUAUUGCACUUCUUCCUUUGUACAGCGGAUUAGAUUAUAAGUACCUGUAUUUACAUAAUAAGUUAUUUCAGUUAUAUUAUAUCAUGUUCGAAAAUUUUUAAGUACAUGUUUGGAUGUAUUUUGUAACUGUUUCGUGCCACCGAAUGUAUAUUUAAGAUAGUAGGCAAAGAUGUAGUAUAUGUUUUGUAUUAGAAACAGAGAUAAACAAUAUAAAUACUAGUUUUUGGCUGUGGUUCCGGCAGCGGGUGAAACCGCAUAAAACAGAUAGCCAUCCAUAAGUUUAGCAUUAUAAAUCUUUCGACAAUGUCGGCUAUCAUAAAGGAUGAACUCUCCGAUAUUUUAUAACCUUUCAAUAUAUGUGAACAUUUAUUAUGAUUAUGAUUUUUAUGGAGGAUGUGGAGGUGGAUGAAGAACCCGAACGUGCCAUGUGGGGAAAUCAAAUCGAGUUUCUCAUGUCAUGUAUUGCCACUUCUGUGGGUCUGGGAAACGUUUGGCGGUUUCCCUUUGUCGCUUAUCAAAAUGGAGGAGGCGCAUUCCUCAUCCCAUACAUCAUUGUACUUAUCUUAGUGGGAAAACCCAUGUACUACUUGGAAGGUGUUUUGGGACAAUUCAGUUCAAGGAAUUCGGUAAAAAUUUGGUCCAUGUCACCUGGUAUGAAAGGUACUGGAUACGCUCAAGCCCUGGGAUGUGGAUACAUUCUCUCGUACUACGUAUCUAUCAUCGCUUUAUGUUUGUAUUAUUUAUCUAUGAGCUUCCAAUCUACACUUCCUUGGGCUGUGUGUGAUCCGUCCUGGGAAAACUGUGUGCCAUCAGGCCAAACGGAGAAUAUUGAUCACACUAUCAAUGGAACUAGCAGCGCUGAGCUUUACUUUACGCGUACAGUUCUUCAGCAAAGCGAUGGCAUCGAAGGUGGUCUGGGUUUACCUAUAUGGUAUUUAACUUUAUGCCUACUUGCGUCGUGGUUUAUAAUUUUUGUCAUCGUUUCGCGCGGUGUGAAGAGUUCAGGCAAGGCUUCGUACUUCCUGGCGCUGUUCCCCUACGUCAUCAUGAUUAUCUUGCUCAUCAGCACAGUACUUUUGCCCGGUUCGGGUACUGGUAUCUUAUACUUCAUUACUCCACAAUGGGACAAGCUUUUGGAAUUGAACGUGUGGUAUUCAGCGGUGACGCAGGUAUUCUUCUCGUUGUCAGUGUGUACCGGAGCUAUUAUCAUGUUCUCUUCAUACAAUGGCUUCAAACAAAACGUUUAUAGGGACGCCAUGAUUGUUACGACCCUGGACACGUUCACAAGUUUAUUAUCUGGUAUUACCAUCUUCGGUAUUCUUGGCAACUUGGCGUAUGUUCUAGAAAGAGAAGUGGAAGAUGUUGUUGGUUCAGGCGGUACUGGUCUUGCAUUCGUUUCCUACCCUGAUGCUAUUGCUAAGACGUUCCAACCACAGUUAUUCUCAGUAUUAUUCUUCGUUAUGAUGUUGGUCCUAGGAGUGGGCUCUGCAGUAGCUCUUCUAUCAACGAUCAACACAGUGUUAAUGGACUCUUUCCCACGAGUGCGCACAAUCUACAUGUCUGCUAUCUGCUGUACAUGUGGUUUUGCAAUUGGACUUGUUUAUGUUACGCCGGGGGGUCAAUACAUUUUGGAGCUGGUCGAUUACUACGGUGGUACAUUCCUUGUUCUGUUCUGCGCUAUCGCAGAAAUCGUUGGAGUAUUUUGGAUUUAUGGUUUGGAAAACGUUUGCUUGGAUAUUGAAUACAUGCUUGGAAUAAGAACAUCGGUCUACUGGCGGUUUUGCUGGGGAAUUAUCACUCCUGCUAUUCUGAUCACCGUAUUUAUUUAUGCAUUGGUAUCGGUUGAAGCACUCGUCUUUGGUUGUUGUUACUAUUAUCCUACUGCUGGUUAUGUUUCGGGUUACAUGAUGCUCCUCGUUGGUAUAUUGUUUGUACCGGUGUUUCUAUUUAUCGCAUUAUAUAAAUAUAAAACUGGAAACCUACUUGAGACCUUGAAGCGUACAUUCAGUCCAAAGUCGAGUUGGGGUCCACGUUCGGCGAGUGAUAAGCGAGGAUGGAUUCAAUUUAAAACUGACGCUAAAUCCGCUAGGCGCGAACAAAGAACGUCGUGGGGUCGUCAUAUAUGGCUCAGUUUAUCCGGUGGAUAUAAAAGGCCCUUAUAAUUAUAAGUCAAACACAAAAUAGUACAAAACAUUAUUUAUAAGCAAAUAUUAAAAAAAAUGUAGAUAUAAUGUAAUAAAACGUAGUAUUACUAACGUACUAACUAUUUACUAAUUUGUGAAAUUACUAAAGUUUUGUAUAUUAAAAAUAUGUACUAGCACCAUUACCAAGUCUCACCAAAAGUUGGUAUUGAUUCAUUAAUUAAUUUAUUUAUGCCAUUUCUUUUAGUUUAAUAUUAUAAAUUAUAAUGACUUAUGGAUUUUGCAUAAAACCCUACUCAGCAGUCUGGGACAUAUUUUGACAUUUUGCGGGUUUUUGCUUUAAAUAUGCCUAAAUUUUUAGAGUAAACGUCAAUAGUUCCUGCCCAAAAACUUCCAUCAGUGAAUACAUUUACUGAGCCACAUUAAAUUGUCUAAAUAAUAAUUAGGAUUAUAACCCUACCUAUCAACGUAAAUUAUGUUUGUAUGGUAUACGAAUAGGAUAGUCAAAUAAAUAAGAUUUGAAUUUCAUAAUGCAUGCAUUUAUAAAACUUUAACUAAUUUAUUCACACUGGUAUUGAUUCGUAGUUAUAGAUUAUGUUAAGUUCAUGAUAUAAUAAUAUUUUAAUAAUGUGUAUAUAUUUUAUUCUUAUUUCUUGUACUUACUUGUUCAAAUUGAUAUUACUAAAAUGUGAUAUAAGAAUAUUUUUCAUACCUAAUUGUAAGUUUUAAUUUUAAUGGGCGUCUGAAAAUCAGCGUUGUCUGAUGCUCUCGAGUAUUGGGCAGCAAUAGCUGAGUCGCAGGCUUUUCCUUCUCUAGAGAUAUGUAACUUGAAUUGUAUUUUAUAUCAAUAAUGUUUGAAGCAAUAAA